GCCACUCCUAACCCAGGAAGAUUCAACGGCCACGCUGUUAACGUUUGACGAGCCGACUCUAGCUCCUCUAGUCUCUCAACCUGUUUCUACUCGUAAGCGAAAGGUCCCAGUGGGCAAUACCGAACCUGCUGUCUUUCCAGGCUCUCGAGGUCGCAGAAAGAAGCUCAGGAUCGUGGAAAUGGGAGCCGAUGGCCGUUUGAACCCUCUUCCGGCACCCAAUGCUGUCAAUGAUGACGCUGCGAACGCAUAUUGUACGCUUCUCGUUCAAGGAGAAGGUGUCCAAUUGGGCAUGGGUGACGAUGUCGUCGAAGCCCCCAAGACGAAGUUGAACCCGUUGAUUGAUGGCCUCUUCAAAGUCGAACAGGCCGCCAUGGGAGGAAAAGGCAUUGUUGGUAUCGCCGCUGGAGCAAUGUUUUCAUUGGUGGUUGAUUUUAUUGGACGAGUAUGGUCCUUCGGCUCGAACGAUGAGCUCUCCCUCGGCCGAGAGGUAGACGACGAUGAGGCUACCCCUGAACUCGUUCAACACUUCGACGAUUUUAAGCCCGUGCGCGUUGCGUCAACGGAUUGCCUUGCCCUCGCACUCGACGCGGAGGGUCAGCUUCGUCAAUGGGGGAUGUUCAAGAUGAACGAGGGAACGACCGGCUUCGACGGCAUCAAGUCUAGUGCACCCUAUCCAACUCCCACUCCCGCCUUUCCCAAGAAGACCGAGAUUUCGAACGUCGCCUGCGGCUCCAAUCACGUCCUUGCACUGACGACGUCCGGACACGUUUACACUUGGGGCUCGAACAGAGAAUUCCAACUUGGUCGCAAAGUUCUGUCCCGGAAUCGCAAAGUAGACCGAGCCUACGUUCCCGAGGCGCUUCAUCUGCGCAAUAUCGUCGCCGUCGGGGCUAGUUCCUGCACGAGUUUCGCUGUGGACCACCAAGGCGUCGUUUUUGCUUGGGGAGCCAAUAAUCUCAGACAGACCGGAAUUAGCGAUCAACGCGGUGGUGAAGAAUCCGUGAUUUCUACUCCGACAAUCGUUGAUGCAUUGGCUUCCGAAAGGCACGGCGGUUCCAAGGUCAUACAAAUUGAGGGCGGAAGCGAUCAUACUCUUUUCCUCUUCGAUAAUGGACAGGUCUGGGGCUGUGGUCUCGUCGAUCCUCAGAGUCCGCGUAUUGGGCUUGCGGACGACCAUCCUCGCAUGGUACAAGCUUUGGGACGGAUUGAGGAAUUGACGGCUCGUCGUGACUCUAUCCAGGCCGAAUCGGGUUUCGAGGCCGCUAUGGAAGAGGUUCCCAGUAUAAAGGCAUUCAUCGACGAGCCUGCCUGCUUGACAUUUCCUCCCGUAUCAGACGAACUGCAUCCGGUGAAGAUUACGAAGAUCGCUUCCUCGGGAAGGUGUAAUCUGGCUGUUGAUGUCCAUGGGCAUCUCUAUGCUUGGGGUGAGGGUAAUUCUUGCCAACUUGGCCUUGGUGACACCGCAGCGGCGAUGGAGGUCAAGACACCCGUUCGAGUGAAGAAUGCGGUUCUAGAAAAAUUCAGGGCGGUCGAUAUCAGUCUGGGUGCUCAGCAUGCUUUAGUCUCGGCUACCCCAAGACUCGACGUCUCAUAAAUCACGGCUAUGAGCCUGGAGCCACCAUUUCGCUGGAUAUUUUCCGUAUCGUGUAUUGCUAAGUCUCUUUACUAUCGUUGCUUUGUCUGUACUUGUAACCUAUCUGCACCAAAGUACUUUCAGCCUAGUCGCUGCGUUCUCCAGCA